UUUCAGUGUCUCACUUUCUCAUGUUCAGUGUCUCACUCUUGUUUUCAGUGUCACUUUCUCAUUCUCAGUGUCUCACUCUUUCUUUUUCUGUGUCUCACUUGAUUUCAGCGUCUCACUCUCUCAUUCUGUGUGCCUUUUUUAUGUUCAGCGUCUCGUUCACUUAUUUUAGGUGACUUACUCUUUUAUUUUCAGUGUCUCACUUUCCUAUUUCAAUGUAUCACUCUCUCAUUCUCAGUGUUUCACUAUCAUUCUCAGUCUCUCUCUCAAAGUAUCUAUCGCCACCCCCCUCAAUUCUUUUCUUUCUGUGUGUCUAUCUCUCUCUCUCAUUCUCCCCCUCAGUAUCUCUCGCUCUCUCUUUCUUGUUGUCAGUGUCUCUCGCUCUUCUUCGCAGUAUCUCUCUCUCUCCCUUUCUUAUUCUCAGUCUCUCUCUCUCUCUCUCUCUCAGUCUCUCUCUCCUCCUUUUUUCCUGUCAGCGUCCACACAAACCCCUCUCUGAGUGUGUGUGUGUCCGCGUGCGCUGCUGUUUUGGGCUGUCCGCUGCAUGCGCGUCUGUGUGUUUUGUGAAUGGAGAGGCAGACGGGAUGGACAGACGUCAGGAUUCAGAUCUGAGACUUCACUCAGUCCUGGAAUAAAACACACACACACAUACGCGCGCGCAUGAACACACACCUGAGGAUCAGCACGGAUUCCUGCAAGAGGAUGGCACACACAGAUGAGGACUUGAUUGGAAUCCCCUUCCCGAACCACAGUAAUGACGUCCUAUGCAGUCUGAAUGAGCAGCGGCGGGACGGCCUGCUAUGCGACGUCAUUUUAGUCGUCCGAGAUCAAGAGUACCGCACCCAUCGCUCUGUCCUCGCUGCUUGCAGCCAGUACUUUAAAAAACUGUUCACAGUGGCCACCGGCUCCAGCCAGGACGCCAACCCACAUGCCAUCUACGAGCUGGAUUUCGUAGCGCCAGAAUCCCUGACGGCCAUAUUAGAGUUCGCCUACACGUCAACGCUAACAGUGACGGCAUCCAACGUCAAGGAGAUCCUGAGUGCAGCCAGACUCCUGGAAAUCCCCUGCAUUAUAAACGUAUGUCUGGAAAUCAUGGACACGGGUGGAGGCGGAGAAGGAGGAGGGCAUGUGGAGGGAGAGGAAUUUGAGGGAGAUGAUGAGGACGAUGAAGAUGAAGAAGAAGAGGAAGAAAUGGAGGAGGAGGUCGACUCGAAAGAUGGAGAGUUUGAGGACAAUAACAGCGAGAAGUCCGCGCAAGGAGAGGGGGCGGAAAUUCAAGAGGGAAAAGUUUGGGAGGUGAGGGAAGCGGAGAGUCCGUCUUGCAGCUCCCAAAAAGGUCAAGAUGAAUCCCAAAGAUCCCAAGUGGGCACUCCAGAAGCCCAGCAAGCUGACAAACCUAGAGGACCUGAGGGUUUGGAAGGCAGAGCGCUGAAGGACUUCUCCAUUGAGUCUUUACUUCAAGAAGGGCUGUACCCGAAAGUUCCCGGCCUGGAAAGAGGUGCAGGAUUCUCACCUCUUCUCCCAGGAUUCUACCCUCGAAUGUGGGCAGCAGAAUUCCCAGGCUACCCUCAGAUUUUGGAGCCCCGACGGCCAUUCCCAAAUGCUUCAUUGGAAAACGGCCCUUUAGACCUUGCGGUCAAAAAAGAAGUCAUUAAAGAGGAGUUAAAAGACGAACCUACGAACCCUAUCCUUCACAGAGACUUCCUCAAAGACUUCAUGAGUCCUGGAUUGGGAAUGACUGCCGACCCCUCGCUUGGUGCAAUCAAAGAGGGAACAGAUCUGCGGUCCUACCUGAACUUUCUUUCUGCGUCGCAUCUCGGGACGCUUUUUCCUCCUUGGCAGCUGGAAGAGGAGAGGAAGAUGAAGCCCAAGGCAUCACAGCAGUGUCCGAUCUGCAACAAGGUGAUUCAAGGAGCAGGAAAGCUGCCUCGACACAUGCGAACACACACCGGAGAGAAGCCCUACAUGUGCACCAUCUGCGAGGUCCGAUUCACCAGACAAGACAAGCUGAAGAUCCAUAUGCGCAAGCACACAGGUGAGCGGCCGUACAUCUGCCUACACUGCAACUCCAAAUUCGUUCACAACUAUGACCUGAAGAACCACCUGCGCAUCCACACGGGCGUACGGCCGUACCAAUGCGAGCACUGCUACAAGAGCUUCACGCGCUCCGACCACCUGCACCGGCACAUCAAGAGGCAGAGCUGCCGCGUCUCGCGCCCGCGCCGAGGCCGAAAACCCUCUGCCUGGCGUUCCACCAACUUCCUGUUCCCUCCUGAUCCCAGUGCUCUCCAGCCGGACCGUACCCUGCGCUUCCCUGCCGCUCAGAUGGUGGAGAAACAGCAGCCAAAGACGAUGGAGGACGGCGAUAUCGAAGACAGAAAGAUCAUGUCAGAAGACGCGAGCCGGAAACGAGGCGUUUUUGCUUUCGUGGCCACUGAGGACGUUCUGCCUCAUGCGGCCUUUUAUUCGCCAACCUCUGACCCCUGGGCUGUGAGACUGGAACGAGCUCCGCCCAUUCCUGAGGCUGCAAACUGACUUCGUUAAGUGGUUAGUUCACCCAAAAAAAUUUAAUAUUCUGUCAUUAAUUAAUCCCUCUUGAUGUUCCAUACACCUAAAGGGCCUUAUAUUAUUGUAUUUUCGUAUUGUGACAGUUCCCAGUCAAACAGAAUAUUAAAUGAGAAAACAGCGGGUGUGGCUUGAUUUUUUUCUACUGCAAGCUGAUUGGAUGGAGUUAUUACAACCUAACAGACUCCUCCUCCUCACCAUUUGUUUGUUGUCAAAACUGACAGUUGGAGGGGCAUGGUUAAGUAUAUUACCUCUGUCCAAUACCUCAGACAGAAGUAAUCUGAGAGUUUAACUGAGAACAAACAUUGUUUUUUUGUUCUUAAUGACAUGCACAGAUGAACUGCUCACCACAAAACUGGCAAUGUGUGCGAACAAAAUCAAUAUGGUUAGUUUUGAUUUCAUUGGCACUUCAUCAAAGAGCAUUCUCUGCCAAUGUUGCCAUAGAAUAAAACAGUUGUCAUGCACUGUAAGAAAUGUAAUGAAAAAAAAAAGUCAAGAAAACAAAUACUUGUAUGUUGCUUUAACUCAUUUUUAUAAGUUAAUCAGGUUUCAACUAUUUUUUGUUGUACAACGUUUAACUUAAUAUUUUAGUCAUUUGGAUUGAUGCAAGUUGAAAUAACUAGAUAAUUUGAUUCAACUACAAAAUUAUUUUACCGUGUGCCAACUCAACACAAUCUCACGGCAAUUCGUAACUUUUUGAUUUAGUGGCUAAUUCGUACGAUCUAAUUCGUACAAUAUAGUACGAUUUGCUCAUCCUCCAAUGACGGUGGGGUUUAGGGGUGGGGUUAGGUGCCACGCCUCCUUUUUAAAAUCGUACAAUUUCGUACGACUGAACUCCUACGAACUCAUAUGAUUUAGCCACUAAACUGUCAAAACGUAAAAUACUUACGUUUUCUCGUGAGAUCAGGCUGGCCAACUUGCUACCAUAAACAGAAGCUUGCAACCCUAGCCCCGCAUCAGAGUCAUUCUGAUUAGUCCACUGCUUUGGAACUGAACUUCCUUUAGAGUGCUUUCACACUGGACUCAUUUAGUUAGUACCAGAGUUUGUUGGCAUUUUUGGUGCGGUUCAUUUGUGCAGGUGUUAAAGUGCCAAUCAUAAUCAAGUGCGCACUAAAACCGGACCAAUGAAAAUCUGCUCAAAGAAGUGGUCUUGGUACUUUUCCAAACAAACUCUUGAGCUUUUUGUUUUGGGUGAGAAUGUGAACCGACACAAUUGCAAAAAGUACUUUGCCUUUUUGGACUAAACCAACUGCCGUAGUAAGCUGCGACAUGAACUUUUUGACACCUUACCGCAAUUAUAACAGGUUACAGACAAAGAUGGAGUAGUGAAGAGGGCCAUACUGCCUCCUGCUGACUUUUCAUCAGCUCUUUGUUUACUUAUCCCAUGCAUUAAUUUUGACCAAUCAAAUUGCAGUUCAGGAAUUUCGUCUAGAUAACAACAGUUCCUCUGGUCUUUGUUUACUUAUUUAUCCAAUGCAUUAAUUUUUAAUUGCAGAUCAGGAAAUUUGUUUAGCCAACCACUGAUGUAAAUGUCACGCGACUACUUUUUGGAUUGUUUCUGGAUUCGUUCAGAGCAGUCUAUCUGUUCUGAAUUGUAACCAAAAUGUCUGAAAAUUCUACAAAGGUGUCAUUUGUAACCUUGGUCCAAACCAAAAGAAACGUACAACAGGAGUUUACAAUGUUUAUAUUACAAGCGCACAUUUAAAUCUGAGCAUUUGCUUUUGAUUGGCUUCUUAUCUGAUGUCAGUUUGACACUUCAGCCACAAUAUUCUUAGCCACACCCCUCUUACUAUUAGUAUCUAUGAGAGAAUGAUGUGCAAAAAGAAAGCCCCACCCCCUACUUAAUUUUCCGUUUCAGUGGGGUAUAUGCACAGUGAGUGUUUUUCAACCAAUGAUUUUCAAUUUCAUAGGGUUCCUUUUAUAGCAUUGAUGUUGUAAUGUAAUUAAAAUACAUUCAGUUAAAUAGACUUAAGCAUUCAUUUAGUUGUUUAAACGUAAAACGAGAUGAAAGCACUAGCGGAGUCAGGAUCAGCAGGCGAGUGCAGAAACUCCACUGAAAAUACUGCAGUAAAAUAAACUGUCAUAUUCUAAAGACAUGGCGGGGCAAAAAGGAAUUUAAUGCAGUGCUUCUUGUCCGGUCUGAGACCCACUUCAUAUUGUAUAUGAAUCAGGCAGUGAAGAUCACUGAUUUUUAAAGAAAUCAGACCUGGCAAUUCAACACAAUCUCACGGCAAUUCGUAACUUUUUGAUUAAGUGGCUAAUUCGUAUGAAUUCGUACGAUCUAAUUCGUACAAUUUAGUACAAUUUGCUCAUCCCCCAAUGACAGUUGGGUUUAGGGGUGGGGUUAGGUGCCACGCCUCCUUUUUAAAAUCGUACAAUUUCGUACGACUGAACUCGUAUUAAUUAGCCACUAAACUGACAAAACGUAAAAUACUUACAUUUUCUCAUGAGAUCAGGUUGGGCAAUUUUAUAAUGGAAAGACAGUUCACCGGAAGCACUGAGGCUGGCUAGCUGAAAUUAAAGUCUGUGUGCAUACACCCCAUUGGAAGUACAUCAACAUACUGAAAUAAAAGUCUCAGCAACUUCCCAUUAAUAGGUUUUCACCACUGGAGGCUUUCAAUGUAGAAGCUGAAAGCUUAGAUUUAAAUUUGAAAACAUUUUGUGUGUGUAUUCUGGGGAUAAAUAAAAGUUAUGUGUAUGGAACAACAAGAGGACGAGUAAUAAUGACAGAAUUUUAAUUUCUCUUUGAACUAACUGAGCUCUGAUUAGCUCAGACUGAAACAGCUGCUCGCUUCGGACACCGCAAGUCUUUACGAACCGGGUUCAGACUCUGUAACAUGAAAAAAAAAAAAAGAAUUUUCUUCAUUUAUUUCUUAAGUCUGCUUCCGAACGGAACGACAGGGAUUUUAAAUGCUUUUUAAAUGAUUUGUUCAUAUCUUGGAUGUGCAUAUGUUAAAGCUGUUUUUUGAUGUUUCGUUUGCUAACACGGAUGAUGUGCUUAUAGACUGUGGAGUAUGUGAAAACUGAAUGCAAAAAAUAAAUAAAUAAAAACUGACAAUCAGGUAUGCAGAAAGAAAAACCACGUCCUGCUGAUAUAAGCUAGAAGCUUUGAUGUUUGCAUUUAAGGUUUUAUAAUUAAAGAGUUGUCAGUGAAGCUAAAUUACGCUGUACAUCCACUAUGCAAACUUACAAGAGUGGUUACAUGCUUAGAAUUACCACAGGAACACAAAGACAAACAAAUCGAUCAGAAAAACUCUCAGGAUUUCAAAAAACCUAACUUUUUUUACAGCCAAAAAAAGUAAUCAAGCGAUGUACAUAAUACAAUUCAACAGUCAGUCAUGCAACUAAACAAAAGCUAAAUCAUGCAAGUAAUUUUUUCUCAUAAUUACUUUCGAGAUUGAAGCGAUUUAUAUUGUGCUUCUCAAAAAGAAAUUGAUUCAAUCAAAUGCUUUUUAAAUGAAUAAUUUGUAUAGCUGGCUUUCUCCGGUGGAACUGCUCAUUAUCGUAAUGCAAGUAUUUCUAUACUGAACAUUGUAAAACAUCCAAAGACACGUUGUUUGAGAACAAACUUGAAAUGUUUUAAUCUCUUUGCAAAGCAUUCUUUUCAUAUAUGAAGCAUCAUGUACAGGAAACUAAAACUGGGGGAGAGGUCCACAACCUUUAGCAGAAAACAAAAUAUUUUCAAGCAUUUUUAAAUGAGCCUCAGCUAUAUUUUACUAAGAUGCUUUUAUAAAGACACUAAGACAUCUGUGUUCCGAUUUCUCAAAGCAAAUGUGUGCCCAUGACAUCAAUUCAAAACAAUACUGUAAUGAGAAAGCAUAGCGCAGAUAAAAUCUCACAUAUUUCCCCCUUCAAGACUCGUCAAACAGAAAAUACAGUCUGACAAACCAAGAGCCACUGUACAAGAACCCCAGGUGAGAUCUGAAAUGCAACUUUACAGUGAAAUAAAACAGUUCAAUGCGUUUAUGUUUUUAUUUUGGUGUGCAAAAUGCAAUGGCCAUGUACAAUGAAGGUGCUUAAAGAUGCGUGUGUGUAUAUCUAUUUGAAGCCCUUCUGUGGCUGCUGGUGGGAACUUGCACUAUUUGUUUGAUGAUGUUUUAUUAUUGGUUACGAUAUAUUGCUAUUUCUUAAAGAUUUAAAAACAUAAAAAUUUAAAAAACAAGUCACAGGACACGUCUGAGAUAUGCACUUUACUGCUCUUUAUCGCAAGAACGAUUUCAGUGAAAGUCAUUUUUAUAAAUGUGUGUGGUAUUUGUAUAUUAGAAUAAUCCCUGGUAAGCUGAAUCAAUUUAAGGACUGGAAUACAAUAAAAAAAGCUUUUUUCAAGAACA